AUGUCCCACCGGGGACAUCUCGUGAACCUGUAUGACGUUGGCCCAUGCAGCUCGCAAGAACAACGCGAGGUCGAGGCGGGUCGUGUAACUGUGAACGGCAGGUCUAUUGCCGUCAACUCCGACUUUGCUCGCCAGGUAGUCUUCAUUUCGCAACAGCUGGACGUCUCGGAACGCUAUGUCGCCGGUCUUCUGCAAGAAACAAUGGCGGGCAACCCCAACGUCACACAAGAACGACUCAUAGAGGCCACUCUUCUCGAGUUUCAUCUCAGGAGACGACACUUAGCAGACUGUCUGCGCUACAUCUUCGAGGCUGCUGAAGUGGCACAAGACCCAAGUUCGCCGGAACUGUUUAGGCAACUGGAGUUGUUCACAAAGCAGAAUUUGCUGGAAUCAAGCAAAGGAUUUCCGCAGAAGCUUUUUAAGGAGGUUGAGAGGCUGGGGGAGACGAUUGCGAAGGUGCAUGCAGCGCGGCUGAACGCGAAGAGCAAUACCGCUGCGCCGUUGGGCCAAACUGGACAACUUGGAUAUGAUCUCCUCACUGCAAGAUAUGAGUCGCUCAAGUAUGAACGUCGGACAUUAGCGAUUACCUUGUUCUUGGUCGCUCGUAUGGGAUGCAUCCAACCGCAAGAAGUCCUUCUCAUGAUCGACUGGCUCGAGAAAAAUCCCCACCAUGCUAUGGUGUACUAUAUCCUACCGACGCUUCUUGCUUGCUUCGACCUCGUUGACCCCUCGUCUACUGGUGGCCAGGCACGCCAAAAACUCACUCAAGACGCGAAUUUGCUCGCCACUAUGAAGCGGAAGCUGGCCGGUCAGGGAGAAUGGAAAGAGCAUGGGCUACAAGCGACACUACUCAUGAAGUGGACUCUAUUCUCGGCCGAAACAAGAAAUCGCGACCCUUCGCUGGAGGACAAGGAAGGUUUCAAAACAGAAGAGCUCGAGACACAAGUCUGGAACGCGGUACAAGGCGACAGCUUCGUGUAUCUUGCGAGAAUAGUCGCUAUGCUGCAACGAAAGCAAGGCGAUGCCCCACCAACAUCAUUCGCUGGCGCUGCUCUCUCCAUGCCUGAACCCGAAGCCAUGGCGGAGCUGCCCACAGACGACUUCAAGCCCGUCAUUCUCGAGUCCUUCGAGUUCCUCAUCCGAGCACUCAUUACCCACGCGUCUUCCGAGCUGCGAAAGAUCAAGCAAAGACAAGAAGACAUUUUGCUCGCGAACCAGCGAACGGACCGCACGCGCAUGUUCCGCUCUACCAUGGGCCAGACUCGCCACUCAGGGCCCCCGCCAGGGGCUGAGGGAUCGCACGCCGCACCACCACGGAACGACAUCGCCAUGCUCUACUCGUUAAUCGGGCUCUUGUACUCUGCGCUACCUGCAGAACGUGCGUUGCAGUUCUGGGGAGGCGGGCUCGCCGAGGGUCAGCGCGUGGUCUACCUGAAUCACGUCGAGAGCGCGGUCGGAAAGUUGCCUUCGUUCCUCCAGUGGGCGGUAUGGUCCACCCAGAUCAAGGAUGUUGACAUGCUCAUGGCGCUUUACGACAUGUUAACCGGUUUGUCGAAGGGCCAACAUUGUAGCGAGCUUGCGUACAACUUCUUGGUCCGCGGAGGCUCAGAAGUGAGCUCAUCACUACCGUCCUCGUCAGGGCCGGCAGUGUCAUGGAGUGCUAUCUUUGGUCUACUGGAACAGUGGGCUAUCGCUGGCGCUACGCCCCGUCCUGCUCAGCCUUCAGGGGGUGCGAAUACACAGAUCCAACCAGUGCAACUACACCGUCAACCUCAUCAGCUGAUCUUGACUCAACAAGAUGUCCUCCUUGCGCAGUCAUUCCUGCGGUUGCUCUCGAACGUUGUCACCUGGUCGGUAGCUGUCCGUGUCACCAUCAGUGGGCAUGCACGCUUCAGGGCUAUUCCUACUCUGGUGUCGCUGAUCCCCCUGAGCAUCCCCCUCGAACUCAAGGGUGCGCUUCUCGAUACUCUAUCGUCUUUCUGCGCACCUGGCGGCGGCCUCCCCGGGGUAGAGGUUUGUCGAUCGGUUUGGACACUCAUGGAACGCCUUGAAGUAAUUAAUGUUCGCGUCCCGCCUGGUACAACUGGUGCCACCUUGUCGUCCGUCAAGGGUAUCGAGAUGGAACUCGAAGAGGUCGAGUCUGUCCACAAGCUCUACCCGGAGACAAUCCCCUUCUUGAAGUUGCUCUCUACGCUCAUUCAUACGCCGAAGAGCAUACCAGCACGGGAACGCCUUGCGGAGUCCGAGCCACUGAACACCAUUCCAGACUCGCUCGGGCAGCCAUACCGGGCGCCAGGCAUUGCACCAUACGUUGCGUUCGUAAUUGAUAACGUCUUCUCACGGAUAUCACAACGCGAGUACCUGCGUCCGACGGACCGGUGGCGUAUGAAUGACCUGUGUUUGUGCUUCGUGGAACGCUGCCUUGCGAGCUUCGACCUCGAAUCCCUUGUUUCUGGUCCCGACGAUAUCAGCACCAAGGGCGAUCUCCUACUCCAGCUUGCGACCCAUCCGGGACACGACGUCAUGAAGCGCAUAUUGACGCAUUCCCAGCUGCACAACAGCAUCUUCUCGUAUAUCAUCGACGGUCUCGACGGUUUCGACAACGGACUCUCGGAAGAGGAGCCAUUCUUCCGCCACACCAUCACUCGUACUCUGCGCAUUGUACAUCGCGUGCUUGAGAUUCAAGAUAUUUUCCUGGACGUCUUCGUUCCGCUGCUCUCCAGUGCGGAAGAUAUCAGUCUCAUCGGACCUGUCCACCCUGUCUCGUACUACAUCAGGCUAGACCAGGCUCUGAUGUUUACCCCAGAGCACGUCCCUGCGGUUGCAGCGUAUCUCUCGUACCCCUCAUACCCGGAGAUGUCUUUGUUGGCUAUCAAGAUUCUUGCCGCGCUGUCGACACCAUCGACAGUAUCGCAACUAGCUGUUAUUAUCGACCGCAGUAGCGACUCCCUCCGCAUCUUGGACGGCUUCCGGAACAUCCUGGACACCGACUCGCCGCUUGAUGUGGACGAAGCUGAAGCAAUCGCUGACGAGAAGACAGGCGCUGGUGCGCUUGACCUGUGUGACCUCGAAGACUCUCUUGAUACGGCUCUCAGGCAGACAUUGCGGCUUGCCGUACUCGAGUUUUUUAUCCAGAAUACGAAGUCGGACCGGCCAUAUCCCAACGUCGCGCACUUCCUCCUGUUCGGCAAGGCCACUCCUGAAGAUCAGAUCCAAGACCCGAAUGCUCUCGGUUCACGUCGCGUUAGCAUCCAUUCGUUGCUGGAGAUCGUGAACAGUGACGUCCCUCGUCUGAAGAGCAAGGGCAAAGGUUCGCGCGUCGGCCGUAUCGCUAGCCAAGCGUUAAUGACGACUCUCCCUGCAUUCUCGGAACGGUGUUAUCUCGUCUUGUACCAGUUAUGCAAACACCCGAGAACAUCCGAGUUCACUAUGCGGUACCUGCGGUCUCGCGAGGAUUUCUUCGCGCGACACCUGGCUGCUCUGCCCUUCAGGGUUCCUGUCAAGCUUCAGGAGCCAUACAUCGAGAUGCAGUACAACGAUGGCUCUAGGGUUGUAACCACGGUACCUGCGCUAUGCGCAUUCCUCCGUGUCCGUUCUAUCAUCUUUGAUUUGGUCGCCCUGGAACUACACGUCUUAACAAAUAAGGGCCACUUAAAAGCGUCUAUGGAGCUUCUCGAGUUACUCUACGGAAGCGAGGAAGACCUGGCCGGCAUCGAGGCGACGAACUGGGAAGAAGAUAUUUUCAGACCAUUCCACGAGAUUGGUCAGUCGCACAUACCGGUCAUCGAGUUCCUGCAGUCAUUGGACUUCGACUGGUCCGAUAGCCUGGCCGCGGAUCAGGUCAACCUGGAGUUUUUCGGAUACCUCAAUCUCGGCGCAUGUCUCAGAGUUGAUGCAUCAGGCUGCGAGAUCGUGGACCGGGACGCGCUCGUGUCUCUACUCACUACAGCAAGGCGCACCUUGCACGCACAAGGACGAGUGCUGACUCAGACCCACCUACAGCAAAUCGAUGACGAGAUGACUUACGUUCUCGAGAGUUGUGCGACUGAAAACCAUCGCCGAAAAGUUCUGCACUCAACGGCUGGCUGUUAUGAGUCAUGGCGACGGCUGCUCGACAUGACCUUGACCAAAUGCUUCGAUCGCAUCCCUCAAGAUCGCCGUGAAGGCCUGCUGUUCGAUUUGCUCCAUGUUCUCCCCACCAUCCUCCGCUCGCCGAAUAUAUCUGAGGCCACCACUGGAGUCCUCGCGGAAGCAAUCUUGUCAACAAUUACGAAGCUACGGGAAGACAAGCUUUUGCAGUCGCUCGUUCGCACAGGCGAGCCUUCUAACAGCGGUACUUUACCGGCGGAGCGUCUCUUCUCGUUGCUGCGCAGCCUCCUCGAUUGCAUUGUUGAAACCAAUAGGCAUGAGUUGGUCCGGGGAAACCUCUAUGCGGCUGUCGUGAACUACAUGCAUCUAAUCGCAGAUACAAGGCCCGGCGGAGGUACUGUGCUUUCGUCAAGUCUGUCGAAAACGCAGCCCGCGUGGAUGGACGAUCCGUUGGGCGGCGUUGGGCACCACGCAGAUUCCUGGAUGCAGCCUGAAAGCGCAUCAUCUCUGGUCAAUGGCAGCCUCAGCAUUUUCAAGCCUCUCAUGGAGAACCUCGUUUCCCUCGUCUCGCGAGAUGCUAUUGAUGGUACCGAUGUCUGGAAGACGGUUGCCUUCACACUUCUGGACUCGUUGGUCCGCCUGUCACAGGCCGAGCGCCAGCCAGCCGUUAUCACCGCUAUGUCUCGAUCGGGUUUCACUCGUGGCUUCAUUUCCGGCGUCAAAGGGAGCGACUUGCAACUGCAGGCUGUAUUGAAGCCUGACCCAGAUGAACUUAACUCCCUCUAUGUCUACGAGGCGCGAAUGUCACUGUUGAUCCGGAUGGCUCAGACUCGGGCCGGUGCAGAACGCUUACUAGAAAAUCGUUUGGUCCUUGUGUUGGCAGACUGUGACUUCGUGGAUUCAAGACCGGAGACGGAUCAAGCCUUCCUUGACCGGGAUAGUUUCCUGCCGUCAGCCAUUCAGCGAUACCACCAGUUACUCGUUCCUGCCUUGCAAGUUGUCACGAGCGUACUUGCAACGCUAGGGCCAAAGCACUCGACCGCAGUCGGUCAAGGCAUCGAGUUCCUGCGGGCACAUCGCGACACUGCGAUCCUGCUGCUCAAGAGCGAGGCUUACGAGCUUUCACUAACGACUGUUGAGGAGAUGCGUCUGCUUGUAGCGCUAUGCACCAGCGUGCUGUCAGCUGUGCCAAAAACAGACGUUGUGUCGACGAGUGGAUACGGAGGACUGCAUGCUGCGAUCACGGGCCUCGCUGCGCGAACGCUCGGCAACUGUAGAUUGACGGAAGCCAUUAGACCCACAACAGAGGAGGAGGCGAUUGAGGCAUCGCUUCGUGCACCUGCAUACGGACAGAGUAAGUUCCGCCUGAAGGUUCACACUCAAGAAAUGUUCCUCCGCAAAGCUCUCGCAUCGUAUCUCGGUACCGCGAGCGAUUUCACAGAGCAUGACUUCACGCCGGUGUUAUCGCCCAUAAUCAGUGCGUCACGGCAAGAUGAAUCGUCGACCCGCUUUAUGGCAACGGUGCCUUCGCUCGGAGAUGCCAUUGAGGCUCUGAACUAUGUGCAAGACGACCUCUCGCAUGCGCUGAAGCAAUUCUCGGACUGUUCGGCAGAACUUGCUUCGAACGAUCAUGCGCUUGCCAAUGUGCCAGAGAUGCUCGAUAUACCAGAUACACUCGAUUAUGACAGCCUAAGCACCGCGCAGCGACGAGCGUUAGUCGAGAACGAGCUUUGCAAAUGGCAGAACGAGGCGCGGUCGCGUGCACAGUCUCUCUUCCAAUCUAUGGAAAUGUUGCUGCUCCUCAUCUGGCGGCACCUCGCGGUCUACUCGUCUGAAGGCUCUGCAGGGGUAUCAGGCAUGCAGAAUUUCGGCGCGUCAAUGCGUGUAGCGUCCUCCUUCGAGCCCGACACAUUCCGUCAAGACGCCUCGCGUCGGCUUGCCCCAAUGGUGCACCGGCUGACCGUCUUGGCGGAGGAGACACUCAACUUUGGCUGGGCGCAGUACCAGCGAUAUAUUGACAUUAUGGCGCAGCGGCUGAAAGAUACUGCGGGGCUGCAUGACUCGCCUGAGCAGACCGAUGAAGAGAGCAUGGAGCGGUAG